UCCGCCUCCCUUAGUUUUUCCCAGGGCGAACUGACAAUUUGUCGCCUUUUGACAGGUGGCACCAUGCAGGAAAAAAGCUGCCCAGAAAGUCAGCAGCAUCAGCAGUGCUCGGUGUGUGGCCGUGGCUUUGGCCUUGAGCAGACGAACAAAACCGACAGCGGGUCCAUAUGUUCGUCCUGCCGGGAAGACGGUGGACAGACCCCAGGCGGCGUCAGCGUCGACUCGCACAGCUGCUCGCUGUGUGGCAAAACCUUCAUCUCCCCGGUUCACUUGACCCUCCACCUGGCCUCCCACAAUAAGGAGAGGAGGUUCCAGUGUACCACUUGCGGCAAGUACUUCCACCAGUCUUCCCACCUCAUAGCCCACGAAGCCAUCCACAAAGGCGAAAGGCCCUUUAAAUGUCCUGAGUGCGGCAAGACAUUUGGACGGGCCGCACAUCUCAAGACUCACCGCCGCCUCCACACCGGCGAGAAACCCUUCAAGUGUAACUUCUGCGACAAGGCCUUCACGCAGAAAGCGGGUCUGCUAUCGCAUGUCCGAAUCCACACGAGCGAGCGAACCAACAAAGGCGACGACAAAAUCCAAGAAUCGGGCCAGUGGGUGAAAGCGGCGCCCACGCCUCUGCCCGACUCCCGUUCGGACGACCUCAAGUGUGGCGUUUGCUGCCGCACUUUCAUCCGGUCCUCAUAUAUUAGAUUGCACGUGCGACUUGAGAAAGGGCUACGGCCUUAUCACUGCAAAGUGUGCAACAAGACCUUUGCCAAGUUGGAUACAUUUAUCAACCACUGCAAUAAACAUUUGAGGCAGAAAGGGGAAAAAGACGACGAGGACAGUGUGUUGAAACCGCCAUUGUUUAUCCCUCUCUCAAAGCCGCAACUGCCAGAGGUCUCCCAACAGGUGUCCGAUGAGGUCACUGUGGCCUCAGAAUCCAGCGCAUGUCUUCAUUAGGGUUAGCAAAUGUGUUCAUAUCUUGGACAUUUCAUAAAACUAAAGUAUACACAUGCCAUUGACAGUGAUAGACGAACCAGACUUGCUUGAAAAUGUUUUUGCACUGACUACAGGGUUUCCCUCAUGAAACUUGCAAAGCUCAUGGGUACAGUGGCCGACCGGUGGAAAUAAUCGCUUUCCAUCCUGCUUAUGCUCAAAAGGGUCACGAGGGCCUUUGGAAAUACAUUAAUAAAAUGUAAAAAUGUUAAGUUGACAGAGGCCAGUUGGCGGUCAUAACAUAACACAAUACAAUGCAAUUCAAUGCAAUGGCAGAGGUCUGGGACAGCUUUGUUCACAUUAUGAACCUUAAUAUGUUGCCAAUACUCUUUCAAACGUAUCACUAUACACAGUCAAAAUAAGUAAACAGUAGUACCUCUACAUACGAAUUGAAUUCAUUCCAGAACGUGGUUUGUAAGUCGAAAUAGUAGUAUGUCGAGCGGGAUUUUCCCAUAAGUAAUUUGAUUAAUUUGUUCCGCAGCCCAAAAACCUACGCUAAAUCCUUAAUAAAUACUGUGGGUACAAUUACUAAUAGCAAUUACACAUUGCAAAACAAAUGAAUUACAAAUAAUAAUAAAUGGAAAUUUUAAAAAGCGUUUUUAACUUGACUAGCAAACAGGUGGGAGGGGACGACGGGUACAUGUGGAUACGGUGAGACAUCGCUGUCUAAUUUAACAAAUGCAUUAAAUAAGAUGUAAAACAAAUUGUGAAAAAAUAAAAAUGGUCAGUUUACUGGUGAGCAGAGGUCAGCGUUUGUGUAGGUGGAGGGGGCCGGUGAGCCGCGUUGUCUAGCAAGUUCACUCACACCGGGCUCAUAUUUUUCUAUCAUUUCCUUCUUAAUUUCAAUGGCAAACUUUUUUUUCACCACCUGCACUAACCUUCUUGGGACCGAUGUUUAUUUCUCUCACAAGAAAAUCGGCCGUGCGUCCGUCUUGCAGGGGAAAAAAUGAAUUUGCGAUGCUUUCAUAAAUCGUAUUUCGAGCAUUCAGUCAUUUGUAGACACUAGGCAUGCGCCGGUAGAUUAUACUGACGGUAUGAUAACCUUAACCAAAAAUAUCAUUUCACGGUAUCGCAAUUACAGCUCUGAAAUGUGUUACUUUGAGAUAUCUGGGUUUUUAAAAAACAAACUUUUUCCCAUUGAACAGGAUUUUUAUUAUUCAAAACAUUCGCAAAUUGGAACAUAAGUAUAAUCUUAAAAUAAAUUUUUAAAUAAUAACAAAAUGAAAAUAAUGCAGUCCUUUAGGUGAGCCGAAACCCACAGCCACAGCUCGAUUAUUACCGUCACAACAAAAAUAAUUGAAUUAUUUUCCAUAAAAAGCAUGUGUGUAUGACUCGUAUCAUGUUUACAUUAUACACACAUACUCUUUCUCAACACAGGCAGUUGCCGGAGAGAAAAAAACUAUAAACACUAAACAUGCUGGAGUUAACUCUCGUAGCUUGUGGGAAACAUUCAUGACCUUGUUUACUAACCUUUAAGUUUGUAUAUUGUGAAAUCUUAUUGGAGGUAUUGCCUCCUCGGCAGCCACCCUCCGCAAACAUGUUUUACAUGUCGGUUUGCCCUUCUCCAAGCCGCGGCCAGCUGUAACUUUUCUGUAGCCGAAGUAUUCCAAUACCAGCGAUUUCAUUUUCUUCAAUGGGGAGGGGGAAGUUCUGGGGUUUCACCUCCUCCAGCCAUCGUGGAGCACAGCUCACUCACUGACACUGAGCAACAACCGGUGGGGGAGGGUUAAGCCUUACAGCUGCAAGAGGGGGAUUUCUCCAUGCAUUUUUGGGACAUAAAAAAAUAGCUAAUACCUUAGGGACGGUAUUACGGAAAAUUUUUGCGAUUUUGAAACCUUGACGUUUUCAUACCACAGUACAGUUGUGGUCAUAAGUUUACAUACACUUGUAAUGUCAUGGCUCUCUUGAGUUUCCAGUUAUUUCUACAACUCAGAUUUUUCUCUGAUAGAGUGAUUGGAACAGAUACUUCUUUGUCACAAAAAACAUUCAUGAAGUUUGGUUGUUUUAUGACUUUAUUAUGGGUGAACAGAAAAAGUGAUCAAAUCUGCUGGGUCAAAAAUAUACAUACAGCAGUGCUAAUAUUUGGUAACAUGUCCCUUGGCCGUUUUUACUUCAAUUAGGCGCUUUUGGUAGCCAUCCAGAAGCUUCUGGUUGAAUCUUUGACCACUCCUCUUGACAGAAUUGGUGCAGUUCAGUUAAAUUUGAUGGCUUUCUGACAUGGACUUGUUUCUUCAGCAUUGUCCACAAGUUCUCAAUGGGGUUUAAGUCAGGACUUUGGGAAGGCCAUUCGAAAACCUUAAUUGUAGCCUGAUUUAGCCAUUCCAUCACCACUUUUGAUGUGUGUUUGGAGUCAUUGUCCUGUUGGAACACCCAACUGCGCCCAAGGCCCAAUCUUCGGGCUGAUGACGUUAGGUUAUCUUGAAGAAUUUGAAGGUAAUCCUCCUCCUUCAUUAUCCCAUUUACUCUCUGUAAAGCACCAGUUCCAUUGGCAACAAAACAGCCCUACAGCAUAAUACUACCACCACCGUGCUUGACGGUAGGCAUGGUGUACUUGGGGUUAAAGGCCUCACCUUUUCUCCUCCAAACAUAUUGCUGGGCAUUGUGGCCAAACAGCUCGAUUUUUGUUUCGUCUGACCACAGAACUUUCCUCCAGAAGGUCUUAUCUUUGUCCAUGUGAUCAGCAGCAAACUUCAGUCGAGCCUUAAGGUGCCGCUUUUGGAGCAAGGGCUUCCUUCUUGCACGGCAGCCUCUCAGUCCAUGGAGAUGCAAAACACGCUUGACUGUGGACACUGACACCUGUGUUCCAGCAGCUUCUAAUUCUUGGCAGAUCUGCUUUUUGGUGAUUCUCGGUUGAAUCUUCACCGUCCUGACCAAUUUUCUCUCAGCAGCAGGUGAUAGCUUGCGUUUUCUUCCUGAUCGUGGCAGUGACAAAACAGUGUCAUGCACUUUAUACUUACAAUUGUUUGCACUGUUGCUCUUGGGACCUGCAGCUGCUUUGAAAUGGCUCCAAGUGACUUUCCUGACUCGUUCAAGUCAAUGAUUCGCUUUUUCAGAUCCAUGUAUGUAUAUUUUUGACCCAGCAGAUUUGAUCACUUUUUCUGUUUAACCCAUAAUAAAGUCAUAAAAGAACCAAACUUCAUGAAUGUUUUUUUUUUGACAAAGAAGUAUCUGUUCCAAUCUAUCGGAGAAAAAUCAGAGUUGUAGAAAUAACUGGAAACUCAAGAGAGCCAUGACAUUAUGUUCUUCACAAGUGUAUGUAAACUUUUGACCACAACUGUAUAUCUUGAAACCGGUAAUGGCACAUGUCUAGUCGAGACAUAAGACCAAUCAAAUUUUACGUCGGAUAUUGAAUGGAUUGAUUGGCGAUGCGAUCUAUUAUGUCGAAGUACCACUCUACUUUUAAUUCUUUAGUUUAUAGUACUGUUUUAGUAUGGGAGUGGGGUGAAAAACCUGGCAGUCCGCCAGACUUAUAAAGCACUGGGGGGAAUAUUAACUCACACAGUAACUUUGGCACACUGAAUACACAAACUAAAAGCGCACGUCAUAAAUUGACAGUGGUGACUGUUCAAUCUUUUACGUCCCAGUCAAAAUGGAUUGGACGUCUAUUGUCGUAUGCGGCACUGAAAAAUGAUCAUUGAAUGCCAGCAAUCCCAAUUAGAAUGGAUUCGGUGUCUAUUGCUGUCAAUGGCAGGGAAUGAGUGAAUCAACUAAAUAAUAAUCUUAAAAUGUAUGAUUUAAAAACCCUAAUUUACAGUGGAGUGGAAAAACAGCUAAUCAGAGAUUAAGCUGGAUUGUGUUCAAUUUUGGAAGUUCUGAAGUGUAUUGAAUAUUGUAUUGUGAAGUGUAUUAUUCACUCAAUUUUCAAUUUCAAAUAAAAAAAAAUUCAAUAUGUGAAAGGAAACAUUGUAAGUAACAGCUCAUUUGGGGUGCAAAUCGAUUUUUUUUUAGACAAAAAUACACCAUUUGCUGCUGUUACAACAGUUUAAUAUAUGUACACAUUUAAAGUUACCAACUGAUUUGCUGUGGCGACCCCUGAAAGGAAAACAGUUCAUCCGAAAUAAAAAAGUAAAAAGCAAUUUUGACAGUUUUGCUGCUAAAACAUUUCAAUGAAAUCCAUUCUUUUAAGAAAACGGCAUAUUUAUUUAAAAAAGGUGAAGCCGAUAGAACUUUUGCAUUUCGAUCGAUUUGUCGUUGCUUAACCAGUCGAUGUAUCGAUCUAGUUUGAUGAGAGGCUGUUAGCGCCACAUAGGAAAGCUCUUUGUCCCAGCCUAAAAAUCAAAGAAGAGGAAGCACAUAGUCAUAUUAGCUUAGCCCCAUUGCCCUCAAAUGAUCAUACAUAACGAAUGUUUCAUUUGCCUUACUUGUGUGUAUCCACUGAUCUCCCAGUUUAGGGUGACGGUCAAGUGGCGCCUCCAGAUGGGGUUCCUUCGCAGAAUAAUGGUUCCACUGAUUGCGUCGCCAGCGUGCACACUGAUGGGCACAUCCAGCAUGAACAGGGUCUGCUUCCAGUGGGUUGGCCUGGAAUCAAUACAUUUUUGGGGGUCUAGAUUCGCUUUCACUCUGAACAGUGGAACUUCCAAAGUUUAAAAGAGUUUAAUCAAUUCACUUAAAACCACUACAGUAUUAGCUACAUGCAUUGUUAAAGAACUAAGGUAACUAAUUCGCUGGCAUUGACUGCGAUAGAUGUCUCAUCUGUUUUGUCCGGGAGGGGUGACAGCGACUGGUUAUUUUUUUUAGGUAUUGCAAGAGUUAUAUAAUUUAAUGUGCUUUGUAGUUGCUUCAGAAAUAUGUGUUGUUGAAGUCAUUGCAUGUUCCACGUGACUGUUUGUGAAAUUAUUGUUAUAUAAUUGAUAUUAUUUAAUCACAAUAAAGUAUUCUGUUUACUGAGCUGACCUGUUCUUAAUGCUAUCUUUUCUUUAAUCUUAUUUUACGUAGAACAAUAUAUUCAAGCCAAUUUUACCAAGUCAUUCUGUAUGUCACAUUUGCUUUAUUUUUUCUCGCAACUAGCCUUUGUGGCGUUCUCUUUUGACUCUCGGCCUCUUGCGAAAUACUGCUGCUGUGAAAUUGAACUAGCUUCAGGUUGCUUCAAUUUCUCGCUGCGUUUCUUCCCUGUAAUCUUGUCGUACAUGUCUUGUUUGGUAAUAUCGCCUCACAUUGAACUCUUUAAAAACAGCGACUGUCUCUUUGCAAAUGAGUCAGACACAGUUGUUGCAUAUUUUAGUAAAGAAAUAGUCCAAUGUCCACUAGGGGUGCAACGGUUCAGUUAGCCCACGGUUCGGUUUGAACCUCGGUUUUGGGAUC